AUGGCGCCAUUCUACUUCCACCCCAAAUGGGACCGCGAACCCACCGCUCCACACAUCCUGAGCCAGAUGAUCGAUGCCAAUCUCCGGAGGUUAGCAUGGGACGUCCAGUGGGAAAAGCCCAGCUCCUGCGUCAUGAUGAUCCACGGCCACUAUGAGCAGCCACACGAGUCGACCGACAAGGCCGUCGAGGCCCUCCUCCGCCGCAUGUGCGACGUCGGCGCCGCGUGCGAUUUCGUCGAUAUGGAGUUCACCCACUGCCCCCUGUCGGACGGGACGCUGCUCCAGGCACUGCGGUACUCGGCGCUCAAGCCGUCCCUCCGCACUCUGAGCAUGUGGGACCAUGACAUCCAGUUCGCGCGGGCCGAGGUGCUCGGCAGGGCCCUCGCCGCCUCCAAUCUCCAGCAUUUGCAGCUCCAUGUCGAGAGUGCCAUCAUCAAACAUUUAAGUAGGGCCACUCACACUGGAGGCCAUACACAGGCCUCCGAGGCGUGCGAUCGUUUCCUUGCCGCCUUCCUAGACAGGCUCACUACCACCAACCGCGUGCAUCACUUGACGUCCCUGCGAGUCGCCACCAACUCGACAGACCUCGUCGUCCGCAUAAUCGCUUCGCCUCACCUUCCCGCCCUACGCACGCUGCAGAUCUUCGAUUACACGGGUGACCGGGCGCCGAUCGCUGCAGCGAUGAAGGGCAACACGAGCCUGAUCGAUGUCCAACUCAAAGACGUGGAGGGCAGAGUCGUGCCAGGUAGUCCGGAGGCACUGAUCGAGCGGAAGACAACAGCAAACUACCGGCGCGAAAAGUGCCUGUUCCGCGCCAUCGUCCGCACGAUCGUGCAGGCUCGUGUGCUGGCGCGCAUUGCCAGAUACCCGCCGACAACGGCGGUGCGUCCACGCGUCGGACUGGCCGACAUGCCAAACGAAAUCAAGGCCAAUAUCCUCAGGUACUGCGCGCCACAAGGAACUCUCCCUCCCACCCAUGCUCAGCGUCUCUUGGAAUUUGCAGCGAAGCCGAAAGGCGUCUUCCAUGGGCACAUGAGCCGGAGGGCGAGCGAGCUAAUGGCAAACCCUACGCUUAUGUCAGACUGGUGCGGGUCGGUGUUGUACCGCUCGUAG